AUAUACAAUAAGCCUAAAAGCUAAAAAAUAAUAUAUACAACAAAAAUAUACAAGAAAAUUAUAUUAAGAGGAGGAAAGACUAUUCAGACUAUUACAUACAUAUACCAGUUGAGAUCAAAUUGGGCUGUAUGUGACCCCUGAACUAAAAUGAGUUUGACAUCCCUGACGUGUGGAGUAUGUUGCAGGUGUGAUGGCGCUUUUAUUUUGAAAGCGGACUGUCUACUCCUGCGUUUGAAGCUAAAUGUGACGUCCCAGCGAUGCUAACUGAGCUAGUUGGUUAGCAAAAGGGACUGAACCCAUUUUAACCUAAGUGACACAGUGAGUGUGUUUACAUAUGGGGCUUAGUGGCUGUUGGUGUGAGUGUUUGAACCGUGACCGAUACUUCACCUGUCUUGUUCGCCUCUUUGGACUCACCAACUACUCUAUGUAAGAUGAACACUGAUGACAAGUUGGAGGGUAUGCUGCUAAAGUGCAGCAGUGGAGGAAUAGAUGGAGGAGGGAGAGUUGGGCUGGGCAGCGGAGGGGGACUAGUGGUGAUGACCCUGGGGGAGCGAUCACUGGCAAACCACCCUCUGCUGGCUGAGGAUGACGAGGACGAGGACGAAGAUGAGGACUUGACCGGGAGCUCGCUGGUUACUCAUGACCUGGUUCCUCCCGAGCAGCUGAUGAUGCAGGAGGAGAUGACAAAGAACGGUGGCGAAGAGGAGGGAGGAGGCGAGGUGGGAGUGCAUUUCCCCCUAAAACUCACCCAUAAGUUGCCCUGCUUGCUUCAUAUGCCACUGAGCAUAAAGCAGGAACUGAAGCUGUCUGAGCCUGCAGUCCAGAUGAAGAAGGAUAAAAAAGCAGUGAAGGACCUGAUUGUGUGUCCCAAGAAGAAAAAAAGGAAGCAGCGUUCACCAGCAAAGAUUCUCAACAUCAAUGAUGAUGGAUCACUUGGGAUACAAAACCCCAAGUGUCAUGUGUGUGUUCACUGUAAUGCAGCAUUCAGAACCAACUACCAUCUACAGAGGCAUGUCUUCAUUCACACUGGUGAAAAGCCAUUUCAGUGCAGCCAAUGUGACAUGCGCUUCAUUCAGAAAUAUCUUCUCCAGAGACAUGAGAAAAUCCAUACUGGUGAGAAGCCGUUUCGCUGUGAUGAGUGUGGUAUGAGGUUCAUCCAGAAGUAUCACAUGGAGAGACACAAGAGGACACACAGUGGAGAGAAGCCCUACCAAUGUGACUAUUGUCACCAGUACUUCUCCAGAACAGACCGGGUUUUAAAGCACAGGCGAAUGUGUCACGAAAACAGAGAGAGGAAGACCAACAAAGCUGCUGGUAAAGUUGGACCUUUGCGUGAAGCAGAUUCUGUAGGCAUCCCCUUCCUUGCCAAAGAGUGUUCCCUGCCCAAGAAGAAACGGCAAAAGUGUGCAGACAAGUUGCAGAGUUCAGGCGCUUCCACUGCUGCCCAAACAGAAGGGCACGCUGCCCCUGCUCCAGAAACAGAAGAGAAAGAGGAGCAGAGACAGAAUAAAAUUGAAGGUCUACCUCUGUAUGCUGUGUCCUCCAAAGUCAAACACGAGUACGUGAUUGCUGACUAUUCUGUGGAACUUCCUGAAGAAACGGCAAGCCAACACCAAGAAGUAGAGGGGUCAUCAGAAGAGACGACUCCUCCUAAACUAGUCCUGAAGAAGGUCCCCAAGAGAAGUCUAAAACAACCCAGUGAACCAACUCCGCCAUGCCUGUCCACUCUGUCUUCCUUCGAGGAUAACAGCAAGGACGCACAGUAUACCUUUGAAAUAGUGGACAAGCAAGGCCUUUUAGACGUAGAAAGCAACACUGAACAUGAGUCAGUCGAAACUCUUCAAGGAGGACCAACAAAGCCAGCAGCCAGCAGCACAAACUACGAUGACGCCAUGCAGUUUCUCAAGAAAAAACGUUAUCUUCAAGCUGCAAUGGCCAAUAACAGUCGGGAUUAUGGCCUGAACACGAGCAGCGUCUCCUCUCAGGCACCUGUUACACAAACUGUGGUGUCAACCGUCAUUGACGAAACUGUACCUGCCACCAUCCUGGAGCCCCAGCCCAUUAACACAGAGAUUAAGGCGACUCAUGAUAGGAACGUGUUGCCAGAUGAGGUUCUUCAGACUCUGUUGGACCAUUACUCCAACAAAGCCAACGGGCAAUCAGACAUUUCCUUUAGUGUGGCUGACACAGAGGUUACUUCAAGCAUAUCCAUUAACUCCUCUGAUGUUUCAGACAGCAGCCCUGUGGAGAGUCUCGGAGCCUCUAGUGCCCAGACUCAACCACCUACCGAGAAGGUCAGUCUCUUGCAAGAGUACUCCAAAUUUCUCCAGCAAGCACUGGAGAGGACCAGCCAGAACGACAGCUACCUGACGAGCCAGAGCCUCAGCUUGGUCUCCGAAAACCCCACCUUAGCCGGACAGCCUCUGUUCUCCACUGAGAAACAGUUUCCUUCCCCCAGUAGGUUCAAAUCAGGGAUGAGCUCUCCAUUAAGAUCCACUUUAGAGAAACCUCACUUUGGAUUACUGGUUGGAGACUCCCAGCACUCAUUUUCAUUUUCAGGUGAUGAGACCACACCUCCCUCCGCAGUAUCCCCAGCGGAGGAGGACUUCCUGGAACAGGUUUCAACCUCUAAAAAGAUAGACUCGUCACAAGGGAUACUGCAGACUUUUCAAAUAAGCUCCUUUGAUCCAAACUUCAAAUCUCAUUUCCAGACGACAAGAUCUGGACCCUCCUCACAGUUUACUGUUGCCAACGGACAAGUAAGUCUACGAGGUCACAGCACAGACUUCUCAGAGUUCCCCUCAGUUAGAGUCACUGAGACCAGGUCCCAGCUGACCUCCUCACCUGAUGUUUCAACAAGCGAAACCUUUGGCUGAAGGGAGGGAAGAAUUCAUUUCUGUUAAUAAUUUCAGCAGCACUUUAUCUCAUGUCACCUGUUUUGCCAAAAUGAGUCCUGUUGCAAAUAUGUGCUCUUUCUUAAAGCAUUUUGAUAUAAAACAUAUUAAUGUUUUUGUUUAUGUCAUUGUUCAGUUCAAACCUCCUAGAAUGUAAAUAUUGAAAAUUGGAAGAAAAACAAAUAGAUAUUGGCGUUUCCCCCUUAAACAAAAAAAAAAAAAAGGAAUUAGUGCAUGGGUAUAUUUCUUGCUCCAGAAUGUCUUGAAUUGAGAGAUUAAGCGACCAAAGUUAAUACAAAAGAAAUAGUGAAAUAUUCUCUCACACCACUGCCAUGGAGUUUUUUUUAUGUUGUUGUCAAUCAGUUUGCCUUGCACAAAAAUUAUAAAGUCAGUCUUGCUGCUUAAUGCAAUAUUUCCACUUGACAUCUAAGAUGUAGGCCCUAUUUAUGGAUGCCCUUUUUCUGUCAGCUACCUCCCCUUGCUGUUCAUCUGGUAAAACAAAUUACAAGUUAGUAAUCACUCCUAAAAUAGUUUUAUUGUAGAGAUAUAACUCCUCUCUAAUUGCCUAUUGAAAUUACAUCAUGAUUAGAGCACCAUGACUUUAUGUUGAAGCCACUUUACUCUCACCUGAAAUAGGUGUUUCCACAUGAUACGUGUAAUGAAUGAAAAGAUUUAACUGAUUGUAUUGAUCUGAUAUUGAUCUGAGUCCAGUGUGUUUUUUCAUUGAUCGAUUGGGUCUGAAUUGAUGGCUGUGAUGGCCAAUAAGAAAAAAAGUAUAGUUCUCAUUCAUACAUGUUUGAUAUGGCCAAUUUGAUUGAUUUUACAAAUGUGACAUGCUGGGCUGUGUUAAAUUAAAAAGCACCAACAAUCCCCCCCGCCCCUCCUCCUCAUCCCUCACGUGUGGAGAUAUCAGCUGCACACAUGUAACGGUUGCAGGAUAAUUGUUAUUUUUAAUAGUAUAAGUGGUUUGUAGUGAAAUUACUUAAAAGGAUUGUGCUUAAGGUUUGCACAAUUUGCACAUUUUUCACUACAAAGGAAUGUAGUACUUACUAUCACAGUGGAGGAAGACCUGUACUCACGAUUUACAGAAUUAUUUCUGUUAAAUGAAAUGUCUAAGUUUGACCCAGAGACGAUGCUCUUUGCUUUAGUCACUAAUGAUGUAGCUGCUGUUGCUACCUUAUUAUUAUUAUUAUUAUUAUUAUUAUUCUCGGAAGAUGUAGAGGUUUUAAUAUGGCUAUAUAAUGAAAAUACACAGUAAUGUGGAAAUGAGGUGCUUGUUUUUCCAUUUUUAUUAGUUUUGCAUCUGUGCCUUUUUUUUUUUAUUCCAGCCUUUUCUAUACUUAUUCCUGUUUAAAUAUGUUUUAAUUUUCACUUAGUCGAUGCUCUAAGGCUACCAACUCCACUCGCACAAUAAUGACAAACAUAUAAGCUAUCCAUCUGUUCAGCCUGUCAUCUUACAUUGAGAUCUGGGAGCUUCAUUUAAUCUUGCCCAUCAUAUAUUUGCUGUUUUUCAAUUUUUGCAAGAAAUUGCACCAAGAUGAUACAAGCUAUUGUAAUAAAAUAGCAUUUUCAAAGACUGUGUAUAUGAGCACAGAAACAUGUUAUAGAUAUAUGCAGGUUUGAUAACUGGUCAUCACCUCUUUGCUAGAUAUCGUUAUUAAGCCACAUCUGUCCAGGUCUUGUUGAAACAAAGCGGUUGGAAGUACAAAUAGUUAAGUGAGGUUUCUUCUGUACUUCAUUAGACAUUAGAUUGUUUUCCUGUGUACGUGCGAUGUGUUAGGUGCUAUCGUGUAAAACACUCUUAAUGUGCAGCAUCAUGUUAGGUUUGAACAUUUAAUGUUAAGCUCCCUCUUGUUACAACUCUUUUGACAAUCAGGGACAGACGGCACCCACGUUGAUCAUUGAAAUACUUUAUUUUCUUCCUCAUUGAACAUUCCCUCUAGAAUAUAUGGAAAAUGUCCUGCUGUAAAUACAUUGUAUAUUUUUUUAUGUUCUGAGAAGUACUGUUAGAUCUGCGUGUCCGUAGAGAGACGAGGCUUGUGCUAGAGACUCUCUUUGUCUGUGGAAGGCAUAUUCAUUUUGUUUUUCCAGCAUUUAUUAGAUUUAACAGUGAAUCUGUCUCACUUGUUGUCGAGAACGUGGCUUUUCUGAGGUUUGUAUAUAUCUUCACCACUGUUAUCCGAGGAAAAUUGACUCUUCUUUUUUCUUUUCUUUUUUUAGUUUUUAUUACUGAUUGGUUAAAGUGAAUUUUCUAUUUCUUUUGCAAAUUAAUGCAGUUGAUUGUACAUUAUGAUGGAUUUUUACUGUAUACAACUGUUUGUAAUGAAAGAAAAGCCCCUGGGGGAAAAGAUAAUUUUGGUUUGAACUAAUACUCUAAUAAAAUUGUUUUAGUAUCAAAUUCUCAACCUGAACAGCUAUAGAGAAAAAUAUAAUGAGGGUGGAAUAUUACUUGAAAAUAAUAGCUCUGUGGUUUCUACUAGAUACCCAUUUCAUCAUAAGCAAUUAUUAAAAGCACAGCGCAGAUGAGUAAUUCUGCUUGGGUAAAUUGUAUCCUAUGGUGGAGAAUCUUGAAUUCAGCUCUUUAAAAAAAGCAAACCUAUUGAUGGAGAUUCAUGACUUAUAACAGCAGUACUAUGGUUUUUUUCUUCUUUUUUUUCCUCCUUUUAACUAUUGUCAAUAACCUGGCCAUAAGUGUCCUUGUAUAAGCUAGAGAAAAAAAGGUUUUGUGUAAAGAUCUGAAUUAUGAACUUUUUUGAUAAAAACUAUUUUUGAAACAUGUCAUUUAAGGCACUGAUAUGUACAGUAUAUCAUAUGCAGUCACUAUUGCUACCCUCAUUUAUCUCUGUACAAGUCGUUUGUGUCAAGAUCUUUCAACUAUAGAUGUGAGUCUCCUUUUGACUAGCAUUUUCAUACUUUUAAAGAGCUUGAUGAGGAAGCCCUGCAACGUCACUGUGGGGGGUCUGAUCUGAGGUUUAUUUGCAUGGUCUCUAACUUGUUGGGUCGAGUGAACGUGUUUUAUGGAUAAUGUGCAGCUUUAAUUGUAGCUGAUUAAUUUCAGUAAAGUAACCCAUAUGAUUAGAGUUUUGCAAUAUAUUAUGAUUUGUAAACAAUCUGAUUCAAUUGUUGUUUUGAUUGUUGUGUGUCAUGUCCUUAUAAAUAAAAGAAUUCACAGAAACUGA